AUAAAAGUAACUCCUAUGCGGAAGGUGGCAGUAAUGCACCAAAAUCGGUUUACCAACCGACAAAAUAAGCGGAAGAAGAAGAAUACUCGCAAGGGUAUCUGGGAUAUCACGGAAGAGCGGUUUUGUGUCCUUGUGUCAGAGACGGUUGAUAAAGCAAAGAAAAUGUCCAUGUACAGGCACUUUAUGGUGGGUGCCCUCAGGCACAUUUCCAGGAGGAGUAUUGGCACUAGUGUCUGUAGGCAAGUUGAAAAUAAAGUCCCAUUGAAGCAGAAGAUGUUUCAGGAGGACAAUGGUAUACCCAUUCAUUUGAAGGGAGGCCCCAAAGAUGCUCUUCUGUACAGGGCAACCAUGACCUUGACUAUUGGGGGUACUGCAUACCUUUUAUAUGAGCUGUUCAACGCUGCUUGCCCAAAGAAGAAGGACUGAUUCAUUUGACUUACCCCUGUGUACAACAACUUUUUGCCAGUGUACAUAUUCGUAAUCAGGGAGUCUUUUGUCUCGUCAAUGAGUGUUAUUUAAUGUGAAUGGGAUCAAUACUUGAUUGGUGUUGCAAUCAACAAAUAGUAAAUAAAAUCUCUACAGUGUU